CACAGCAACGUUUCAAACCUUUGGCGUAUUUACAAAAAGACGUUGUGUCGUCGUUUUACAAAAUACACAUGUGCAAGAAGCGUGUUGGUAAUAAUGUCCUCUCAGAGCCGACGUAGGAAAACAUCGGAGAGACAGUCUGGAGAGUCCUCAGAUGAUGAGAAUUAUGUUCCUUACAUACCCAUCAAACAGCGUAAAAAGGCACAGUUACAGCAUGUGGAAAUGCGACUCGGACGAGCUGCCGCCCUCAUCAAAGAAGAAGAGGAGGCUCUGAAGAUCAGUACAUCUGAAGGAUCCGACGUCUCUGACAAAGAAGACAGGGAUAGCAGUGAUGACGAAGAAGAGGAAGAAGAGGAGGAAAAUCAACAACCAGGGGAAAGAUCACACAUCAGUCUGCUCGAUCAACACAGUGAACUGAAAAAGAAAGCUGAAGCAAAGAAAGAAACAGCCAGAGAAAAACUACUGAAAGAGGAAGAAAGAAUUUUAGAAAGUGUUGCUGAGAAAACAGCUUUGAUGGGUGUGGCUGAGUUAGCGAAGGGCAUACAAUAUCAGGAGGCCAUUAAGACAGGGUGGCAGCCACCACGCUGUAUUCGUGAGUUGAGCGAAGCGCGACACGAGCGUCUACGUAAGAAAAUGCACAUCCUGGUGGAGGGAGAAGACCUGCCCCCACCGAUUGCCAACUUCAAGGAGAUGAAGUUCCCCAAGGCCGUUAUCUCUGGCCUAAAACGGAAGGGCAUUACAAAGCCAACACCGAUACAGAUUCAAGGGAUUCCAACUGUGUUGUUGGGGCGAGAUAUGAUCGGCAUAGCAUUCACAGGAUCAGGGAAGACACUGGUGUUCACUCUGCCAAUCAUCAUGUUCUGUCUGGAACAGGAGAAACGCCUGCCCUUUAUCAAGGGGGAGGGGCCCUAUGGUCUAAUCAUUUGUCCUUCAAGAGAGUUGGCACGACAAACCUACGAGAUCAUUCAGUAUUACAGUCAGUGUCUGGUAGACGAUGGUUUCCCCCAGCUUAGGUGUGGCCUAUGUAUAGGAGGGGUGUCGGUCAAGGAGCAGCUCGAGGUCAUCAAGGAGGGGAUACACAUCCUGGUAGCCACGACAGGCCGGCUGAUGGACAUGCUCAACAAGAAGAUGGUCACUCUGGAUGUGUGUCGCUACCUGGCCAUGGACGAGGCUGAUCGCAUGAUAGACAUGGGAUUUGAGGAGGAUGUCAGGACAAUCUUCUCCUACUUCAAGAGCCAAAGACAGACACUGUUGUUUUCUGCCACCAUGCCUAAAAAGAUUCAGAAUUUCGCUCGUAGUGCUCUAGUCAAACCUGUAACAGUCAACGUGGGACGAGCAGGGGCGGCUAGUUUGGAUGUUAUCCAGGAAGUGGAGUACGUCAAACAGGAGGCCAAGAUGAUGUACCUACUGGAGUGUCUACAGAAAACAUCACCACCUGUGUUGAUAUUUGCUGAGAAGAAACAAGACGUAGACGCCAUCCACGAGUAUCUGCUGUUGAAGGGAGUGGAGGCUGUGGCAGUACAUGGUGGCAAAGAUCAAGAAGAAAGAACACGCUCAAUUGACCAGUUCAAAAAAUUCAAGAAGGAUGUGUUAGUGGCUACAGACGUGGCCUCCAAAGGACUCGAUUUCCCAGACAUUCAACAAGUCAUCAACUACGACAUGCCAGAGGAUAUAGAGAACUACGUCCACAGAAUCGGACGUACUGGUCGUUGUGGAAAAACUGGCAUCGCCACAACCUUCAUCAACAAGUCAGUGGAGGAAAGUAUCCUGUUGGACUUAAAACAUCUGCUAGUUGAAGCUAAGCAAAUCUGUCCACCAUUCUUAGCUGGCAUGACAUCGGAAAGUGAAAAAUACUUGGACAUUGGAGGAGAAGUGGGGUGUUCUUAUUGUGGUGGUCUGGGCCAUCGUAUUUCAGACUGUCCCAAACUAGAGGCUCUCCAAACCAAACAGGCACAGAACAUUGGUCGUCGUGACUACCUUGCAAACAACAGUGCAGAUUGGUAGAAAACUGUGAUUUUCCCACCAACAAAAGUACAAGUGUAUUGACAGCUGGUAGAUAUCGGGAUCUACCAGCAACAGUGCAGAUUGGUAGAAAACUGUGAUUUUCCCACCAACAAAAGUACAAGUGUAUUGACAGCUGGUAAAUAUCGGGAUCUACAAACAACAGUGCAGAUUGAUAGACAUAUCAUUGAUUACCCCACAAACACAAAUCCAUAUAGACAGUAGAUACCACACACAUCCCUGUUGAACAGUGGAGGUAUCCUGUAACACACAUAAAAUAUCUCCUGGUAUGUUUUGCAACAAUAAAACACCAGCAUUUUUAGUUUACAUGUUUGUAAAGUUCUCAAAAGACAUGUUUUUCAAUUUUUCUUGGAAAAUCUCUUUUCAGAAAUAUGGAAUGCAUGGUACUGUAUUCAGGUGAUAAUUCUGUAAUGUCACCCGCUUAUUCUUGACAAUAUUAUUUACUGGUAAAUUGUGUUCGCUGAUGAUUCCAUCUGUGGAAAAUUGGGAAGUCUUUUAAUUUUGCAUAGUUAAAGUUUCUGUUUGCAAUGUGUGAUAGUCCAUUUCUGGUCAGCAGUUCAUGAAUAAGGACCAAUCACCUUUUGGACAAAAAUAAAAACAGUUUGUAGUGCGGCAUUUUCUGUUUCUUCAGUAAUGAAAGUAAAUAACGGGUAACAUUAUAUUCAAAGCUCUUGCUUCAACCAAUUCAGAACAUUGUCAGUGUAUUAAAUUUUUCCGGUCAUUUUGUAUUGCUUGUAUUUUGUUUUCAUUGGAAAGUGUUAUUUUUCCCUUAAAAUGAAAGAUAUAUUUUUGUAUCACAUACCUG